AUGUUUUGAUUGUAGUAGUAAGCGUACAAAUGGUCAUGUCCUCGCGCACGCGGAUCUCGAGUUACGUUGUUGAUAACAGAAUAUAGAAUUAUUAAGAGGCUAAGUAGUAUAUGAUAUACAAUAAGUUACAGAAUAACGACAGAUUAUACAAUUUUCCAUAUAUCAUAAUUUUUACAUUGGUUUUAAAUGAAAAACAAUGAAAAUUAUUAAUCUAAUUAUUUAUACAACAUAUUUAUACAACAAUUAUUUGUGUUUAUAGAGAUUAAUGUUCUCAGUACAUUUAUUUUCUAAAUUAAUACAUAAGUUUGUAGUGUGGAACAUGUCCAAUAUUAUAUCCAUUAUAAAUAGAAAUCAUUGUUUGAAACAAAACGUGUUGUUACAAACUUGUGUAAGGCAUUCAAGUUCUACAGAACAAACGCCAGCUACGUAUUGUUCGGAAUUGGUUAGAAAACAUGAUUAUGAAAACUUCCUGUGUACAUUGCUAUUAUCAAACAAAAAUGAAGCAGCCGCAUUUGCAAUUCGUGCAUUUAAUGUUGAAGUAGCUCAAGUAAGAGAUCAAGUGCGUGAUUAUAGAAUAGGAGAAAUGAGAUUACAAUUUUGGUCAGAUGCAAUAAAUAAUACAUAUAAAGGAAAUCCUCCAAGAAAUCCUGUUAUGUUGGAGUUACAUAGAAUUUUACAGAAACAUUCUCUUUCUAAACAUUAUUUCAAACGUUUAAUUGAUAUAAGGCUUGAUAAACUUCGGGAUUAUUCAUUUCAUAAUAUGAGUGAAAUAGAAAAAUAUGCGGAAUACAGUAGUUCUUCCAUUUACUAUCUUCUUUUACAAGCACACGGUGUAAAUAAUAUUAAUGCUGAUCAUGCUGCCAGUCAUUUAGGGAAGGCACAUGGCAUUGUCAACUUACUUCGAUCGAUUCCUUAUAAUGCCAGUAAAAGAGUGAAUAUGUUACCACAAGAUAUUUUAAUGAAACACAGUGUUUCUACAGAAGCUGUAUUACAGGGCCAAUCCAGUAAAAAUCUUCAAGAUGUAAUAUAUGAUGUAGCUUCCUAUGGAAAAUUACAUCUGGAUGCUACAAUUUCUCUUAAACAUAGUAUGGGAAAAGAAGCAAAUUUAAUCUUUUUACCAAUAAUUUGUUUGCAAAAGUAUUUAAAUAAAUUAAGAAAAGCAGACUUUGAUGUCUUUAAUGCAAAACUACAGAAGAAAGAUAAUUUACUUCCUCUAUACUUGUAUUGGAGAAGUUUUAUGUAUUAAAUUUGACAUACUUUUAGUUAAGAUUAUCUUUUGGUUAAAGUAUUGUAGAAUAUUUGAAAUAAUAAUUAUAUCAUAAUACAGUUAAACUAAA